GGUAUGUCUACCGGGUUGAAGCGAAACGGUUGCCAAGAUGGUGGUGAUUGUAACAACAAACUCUUGAACGUGCCUGACAUGGUGAAAAAAUGAGUUAUGUAAAGAAGAGUAAAGUGGCGCGAAAGAGUUCGAGGCGGGAGAACGCGGCGGCCCGAGGGCCCAAGCACCGAGUCCUGGCUGAGAGGAACGAGGCUGUGGCGGCGGUGGGCGCCUGGGUGGAGACCGGCGAGGACUGCCAGCAGCACCCGGCUGUUCUUGCAUCGGUGACGGAGGAGCAGCUGGUGGAGCUGUGCCGGGAGAAGGAGGAGAGCUUGCGCAGGUUCCAGGAGGAGGUGCGCAGGCGGGUCGCCCAACAAGCCUGGGUGCGCAAGAGGCAGCAGCUGCAGAAGUCCUGUGAGACGGCAGAGCAUGAGGCGAGGGCACUACAACAAUCCAGCGACGCAGCCCAGGGCCACAAACCCAACAGGAGCCGGUUCCUGCAGGGGCAGUUAGCCAUCGGCAGCUUGGGCUCCCAUAGGGUGAGCGCCCAGAUACUUAAGUCCACUCAAGGAGAGGGCAGCGCCAUCAACGGAAAGCAGCAUGGGCACCAGCUGAACAAAGUGAUGAAGCAGGUGAGACACAAGCUAGCCUCCUGUCAGAUGGUUAAAGCUGGAGAAGAACUGCCAGAGCUACCUGGAGGCAUCUGGAAAGUAUCUCCAACUAGAGAUGAGCUAUCACCUCAUUACCAUCUGUCAGAGGAGACAGAAGAUGAUGAGAUCUCUUUGUAUGGGCAACAUGAUCGACCCCUUGAUCUUCAGUACCCUGGUGGAGAAGAUGGCAGGAGGAAGACUGUUACUUUCCAGAACAUUCCGAUUUAUGGGAGUUUACUCAAAGAGCCCAACCCCAUUGGACCCAGUCCCAGCUCCAGUACGGACCACAGAGCAAUGCAGGUACUCUGGCCUUGCGAAGACCAAGAGGAACUCAAGAGACAGAGGCAGUCUCAGUUCCUCAUGAACAGACGCCUAUUCAUGGACAUUGAGAGGGCGCAAGUGCAGGAGAUCCACCGUCACAGGAAACACCUGAAACGAAUCGAGAGGAUUAAGUCUGACAAGGAGCAACGGCGACUGGAAGAGGAGAGGCGGAUGCAGAGUCUGGAGGACCUGGAGGAGGACCGGCAGACCACUGAGAGGGAGCGCCAGGUCCUGGAACGCCUGAGGCUGGAUGAACAGCAGAUGUUGGAGGACACACAGAGGAAAGACAGGGCACGGAAAGACUUGGAGGCUGCAAGGUUCAUCGAAGCCCUGAGGGCCCAGAUGAAGGAGAAAAUGGUGCAGGAGAAGGUGGAUCUGCCCCCGCUCUGCUGCUGUGGGGAGAGCUUCUGGGACUCCCACCCCAACACCUGUGCCAACAACUGCGUCUUCUACAACAACCCCAAAGCCUACGCCCAGGCCCUGCAAUCUGUGCUCCUCAAUUGUGACCUCAGGGAGGGGAAUCUUAGCCACCGGGCCUCUGCAAGGAGGAUCGCAUCAGUGCAUGUGCGCUCCCCCAGGAAUCAGAGCUGCAUCUACUAAGAGGGGCAGAAAAUACCUCAGUUAAAUAUCACUGUUUCAAAAGAUUAAUUAAGUGGUGUAAGUGUACCACAAAGUAUUGUGAAAAGAAAGGUAUUAGUGUUUGGCUCCACUCACAUUUUAUACAUUUAU